AUGGAGAAUUGUAACCACACAUUGGCGAGAAGAUUCACCCUACUUGGCCUUUCCAGUGUCCCCGGGCUGCAGAUCACCUUCUUCUUGCUCUUUCUCCUGAUGUAUAUGGUGGCAUUAUCAGGAAACCUUCUUGUGAUCACUGUGGUGAGACUUCAUGCCCGGCUUCAGACUCCCAUGUACUUUUUCUUGAGUAACCUCUCAGUCAUUGACAUUUGCUUCUCGACAACCAUAGUUCCCAAAAUGCUAAGCAAUACCUUAUCUCAGGAUAGAACUAUUUCCUUGCUGGGAUGUGCGGCCCAGAUGUAUUUCCAUUUGGCUCUAGGAGCUACAGAGUGUUUGAUAUUGGCUGUGAUGGCCUAUGAUAGGUACACCGCCAUUGGUAAACCCUUGCAAUACAACACUAUUAUGAACCAAAAACUGUGCUUCUAUCUGGCUGCUGUAUGUUGGGUUGUGAGUUUUUUAAACUCGGCGAUCCAUGCCGUUUUUACAUUCCAGCUGCCAUUUUGCAAGUCCAACGAGGUCAACCACUUUUUCUGUGAGAUGCCCCCACUCUUCGAAAUCUCCUGCAGAGACACCUGGUUCAAUGAAGUUGCUGUGUAUAUCUCUGGUGGCUUAAUUGCUCUUUGCUCAUUCCUGCUCACUCUGUUGUCCUAUGCCCACAUUCUCUCCACCAUUGUCAAGAUCCAUUGCACCAGUGAACGUCAUAAAGCCUUUUCCACCUGCGCAUCCCAUCUCACCGUUGUAACACUCUAUUACGGCACCAUCAUAUUCAUGUAUUUGCGUCCUCAAUCCAGUUACUCUCCAGAUCGUGACCGGGUGGUCUCCAUCUUGUAUACAGUGGUGACUCCUAUGUUGAAUCCCAUCAUCUAUAGUGUUAGAAACAAGGAUAUCAUUGGAGCGAUAGGGAAGACAAAACAUGGCGUGGUGUUUACCUGA